AUGGGCAGCUGGGAGUCCCAUCUCUAUGAACAGCCUUCUGAGAAACUGGAGGAGUUUAUCCAGAACUACCUGAGGCCCUCUGAAGACUGUCAGAAAGACAUCGACCAGUCAGUGGACACCAUCUGUGCAGUCCUGCAGGAACCCUGCCAGUCCCUCACCGUGACAGGGGUGGCCAAAGGCGGCUCCUACGGCCGGAGAACGGUCUUGAGAGGCAACUCCGAUGGUACCCUUGUCGUCUUCUUCCGGGACCUUGAGCAAUUCCAGGACCAGGAAAAAAGACAAUAUGAACUCCUUGGCAAAAUCUGGGCACAGAUGAAGCACUGUGAGUCCACGCUGAAUCUGGCAGCCAAGAUGGAGCUCCAGAACACCAAUAGGACCUCCAGGGUCACUGUCCAGCUUUCCACAAAACAGCAGAGCAUCACUUUCAACGUGCUGCCUGCCUUCAACGCUCUGGGCUUAGGUGAGAAGUCUAGCCCCUGGAGCUAUCGAGAGCUCAAAAGAUCCUUGGAUAUGGUGAAAGCCAGGCCCGGUGAGUUCUCAGUCUGCUUCACGGAACUCCAGGAGAAGUUUUUUAGCAACUAUCCCAGCAAACUAAAGGAUUUGAUCCUCUUGGUGAAGCACUGGUUUCAAAAGUGCCAGGAAAAGCUGAUCAAUUCCUCCCCGCUGCCUCCAUAUGCCCUGGAGCUGCUUACGAUCUACGCCUGGGAACAGGGGUGUGGAGCGGAGGACUUCGAUAUGGCUGAAGGUGUCAGGACUGUUCUGAGGCUCAUCGAGAAGCAGAAGCACUGUGUCUACUGGUCAGUCAACUACAGCUUUGGAGAUGAGACUGUCCGCAACAUCCUGCUGAGCCAGCUCCAAGCCCCGAGGCCAGUAAUCUUGGAUCCAACUGACCCAACCUAUAAUGUGAGCACGGAUAACACCUGCUGGCUACUGCUAAAACAAGAAGCUCAAAACUGGUUGCAUUCUCUCAGGGAGAACGAGUCACCCGGACCAUCUUGGAAUGUUCUGGAGAAGCACAUCGAUCCGCACAUGUCUGGUCAUACCUGCAAGGUCCCACCCUCGCAUAAGGGGGGGUCGACUGCGAAAGGCACAGCUCUGAAGACUGGCUCUGAUGCCAGCCUCGUAGUGUUCGCAGACUCGCUGAAAAGCUACACCUCCCUAAAAAAUGAGAGCUGCAACAUCAUCAAGGAAAUCCAUGAGCAGCUGGAAGCCUGUCAGCAGCAGAAGGAUUUUGAAGUGAAGUUUGAGAUUUCAAAAUGGUAGCCUCCCUGGGUGCUGAGCUUCACUCUGAAAUCCAAAGUCCUCAAUGAAAGUGUUGACUUUGAUGUGCUGCCUGCAUUUAAUGCCCUGGGUGAACUGAAGUCUGGCUCCACACCCAGCCCCAGGACCUAUGCUGAACUCAUCUAUUUGUACAAACCUUCUGAUGUUUUCCUGAGGGGAGAGUUUUCUGCAUGUUUCACGAAGCUACAGCGCAAUUUUGUUCGCUCCCUGCCCCCAAAACUGAAGGAUUUAAUCCGCCUGGUGAAGCACUGGUACAAAGGGUGUGAAAGCAAGUUGAAGCAAAAGGGGUCUCUGCCCCCUAAGUACACCUUGGAGCUGCUCACCAUCUACGCCUGGGAGAAGGGGAGUGGGGCACAGGAUUUUGACACAGCUGAAGGUUUCCGGACAGUCCUAGAGUUGGUCAUAAAAUAUCAGCAUCUCUGCGUCUUCUGGACGGUCAACUACAGUUUUGAUGAUGAGAUUCUGAGGAACUUCCUCCUGACCCAGAUCCAGAGAACCAGGCCUGUGAUCUUGGACUCAGCCGAUCCUACUGGCGACGUGGGUGGAGGGGACCGUUGGUGUUGGCAUCUUCUAGCGAAAGAAGCGACUGAAUGGUUGUCUUCUCUCUGCUUCAAAGAUAAGUCGGGAUGUCCCAUACAACCGUGGAAAGUGCCCAAAAAAGUCAUCUAA